AUGAUCGAUGUGGGAGAACGUCUUAGGGGCCCAUUACCCGGACCCACCGUCCUUCUAUUUGGUUCGCUUGCCUUAGCUUUUGAUGAGGUGGCCUUCGCUCAAGUCCGCAAGGCUGUCGUCGAUAAUGAAGACUCGAACUGGGUUUUAGGGACCAUUGCCGAAUUCCCGCAGAUAUGGAAGUCACUCACGGCUUCCAACCCCAGCCUCAAGAUACCGACGGGUUUGGAGCAACUAGAAGACCUAAGCGACGCUUUCCGAACGGGACGGCCACUCGAGACUCCCUUCCCCCUCCCAAAUAAACUUUUGAUUCCACUAGUUAUUGUCUCCCAUCUCACCCAGUACGCCACGUUCUUGCGUGACAGCACAGAAGGGCAACAAACCGACCCCUUUAGCACAUCCAAGUCGGAUAAGGAGACUCUCGGUCUUUGCACCGGGCUUCUGAGUGCCUUUGCUAUAUCGAGCACGAGCGACCGCGAGCAGUUUAAGAAGUAUGCUGCCGUCGCCGUACGGCUGGCUAUGUUGGUCGGCACAGUUGUCGACGCUCAGGACGCGGCUACGGAGCCGUCGAAGUCUCUCAGCGCCGCAUGGAACUCAUCGGAGGGCGCAGAAGAACUGCAGCGUAUCGUGAGGAGCAUUCCUGGGACGUACAUUUCCGUCAACUAUGACGAGAAUCGAGCUACUGUCACAACAAAGGCUGCUGCCGUAUCCAACCUACAACAACAAUUAAGGGACGGGGGCCUUAUCGCCUCAGAGGUCGGCCUCUACGGACGAUUCCAUGCCAAUGUCAAUGCUGAGGUGCUCAAGUCGCUCCUUAAAUUCGUCGAUGCGCAUGUAGAAUUUCAAUUUCCGGAUGGUUCGUCUGGAUUGGCGAUACCCACCCGCUCAAACCGUGGCGGCGAUUUAAUCACACAAGGUCCACUGCACCAUCACGCCCUUCAGUCCAUCCUGACUGAGCCGCCGCAAUGGUUCCAGACAGUCUCUGCAUUGCGUGACUCGACUCUCAAGAACAAAGAUUCUUGCAUAGUCUCUUUCGGUCCAGAACGGACUGUGCCGCCGUCACUAUUACGCAGUCUCAACCCACAGGUAUUCCAUGUCGCCGACUUGGACAGCACAUCAUCCCACUUUGAGGCCUUCUCUCAGAAGGAUCUUCGGACAUUCUCUGACAAUGAUGUCGCUGUUGUUGGUAUGUCUAUUAAGGUUGCCGGCGCCGAGACCUUAGACGACUUCUGGGACCUCCUAGUCUCCGCGAAGUCGCAGCAUAAGGAAGUUCCUAAGGAACGAUUCUCUUUUGAGACUGCCUUCCGUGAUGUCGACCCCAAGCGCAAGUGGUAUGGAAACUUCAUUGAGAACCACGAUAAGUUCGACCACAAAUUCUUCAAGAAAAGCCCUCGUGAGAGCUCUACCAUGGACCCUCAACAACGCCACUUUCUUCAGUGUGCUUACCAGGCCGUGGAGCAGUCUGGCUAUUUCCACUUAGCUGAGCGUGAUAGUCGUAUUGGUUGCUUUGUCGGCGUAUGUUCUCGUGAUUAUGAUUGUAACAUUGCCUGCCACGCUCCCAACGCCUUCUCCGCUACUGGCAACUUGCAGAGUUUCAUCUCUGGGAAAGUUAGUCACUACUUCGGCUGGACUGGGCCUGGUUUAACUAUAGAUACGGCCUGUUCUUCAUCCGCCGUCGCUAUCCAUCAGGCUUGUCGUGCGAUAGUUACUGGCGAGUGCAUCGGAGCCCUAGCUGGAGGCACAAACGUGGUGACGAAUCCUUUAUGGUUCCAGAACCUAGCCGGUGCUUCGUUCCUAAGCACGACAGGGCAGUGCAAACCAUUCGACGCGAAAGCCGAUGGCUAUUGCAGAGGUGAAGGAGUGGCUGCAGUGUUUCUGAAAAAGCUUUCAGCUGCGGUGGCAGAUGGCGAUCAGAUUCUUGGUGUCGUUGCAGGAACAGGCGUGCAGCAAAAUGAGAAUUGUACUCCUAUCUUCGUCCCUAAUGCCCCGUCCUUAUCUGACUUAUUUCGCGGCGUCACUAAGCAGGCUCGACUUAAGCCUUCCCAAAUUUCGGUUGUUGAGGCUCAUGGCACUGGUACUGGUGUUGGUGACCCAGCUGAGUACGACGGAAUACGGCAAGUACUUGGCGGACCUGCUUCCGGGCGGGAUGAGAAUCUCCUCCUCGGAUCUGUCAAAGGUCUUAUCGGUCACACUGAAGCCACUUCGGGUGUAGUCUCAUUGGUGAAAAUUAUGCUCAUGAUCCAAAAGGGAAUGAUCCCACCUCAACCAAGCCACACUUCUAUCAAUCCGGCUAUUGGUGCGACUCCAGCUGAUAAGAUGAUAAUACCCUUAAGCCUCAAGACAUGGAAUGCUGAGUUCCGGGCUGCAUUGAUUAAUAAUUAUGGUGCAUCUGGUUCCAACGCUUCAAUGGUACUCACACAAUCGCCUUUUGCUAGUACCAGCACUGCGAAAGAGAUCACUGGGGCGCUUGCUGGUUCCAAGUAUCCAUUCUGGGUUGCCGGUCUCGACGACCAGAGUCUCCGACGAUACGCCAAGGUCUUCCGCAAGUUCCUCAAUAACAAGAGCUAUUCCGCUAUGGAACUCUCCUUGCCUAAUGUAUCUUUCAACCUAGCACGCCAGAGUAAUCGUUCCCUUGAAAAGGCGAUUCUAUUCAGUGUGCGAUCAAUAGAGGAGCUCGACCAAAAGUUAGCUUCUAUCGAGAAAGGUGAUACCAGCGUAGCAUCCAUCGCACGCCCCGAAAACAAGCCUGUGGUAUUCUGUUUCGGUGGCCAAGUAUCCACCUCCGUGGGCCUAGACCAAAAUCUAUACCAAAGAACAGCCGUGCUACGAAAACACCUGAACAGUGUUGAUGCAGUUGUUCGUUCGCUUGGUGCUGGAAGUAUUUUCCCCGGCAUUUUUGAGACCACCCCAGUUCAAGACACAGUCCAGUUACAGACAAUGCUAUUUGCCAUUCAAUACGCCUGCGCGCGUAGUUGGAUUGACUCUGGCAUUAAGCCAGCCGCAGUCGUUGGUCACAGCUUCGGCGAGCUCACCGCGCUCGCCAUUUCUCAAGUGCUCUCAUUGGAAGAUGCUAUGAAAAUGGUGGCGAAUCGCGCCGCCAUUGUCCGCGAUUCAUGGGGUAGCGAGAAAGGCGCCAUGAUGGCCAUAGAAGCUGACUUGGCCGACGUCGAGAAAUUAUUGGCUGAGUCAAACCAGAAAGUCCCAAACGAGAAGCCUGCGAGCAUCGCCUGUUACAACGGACCUCGUAGUUUUACCCUUGCAGGCUCUACUGCCGCAAUCGAUGCAGUUGCUGCUACCAUUCCUUCAUCGUUGAGAUCGAAGAGGUUGAACGUGACGAAUUCAUUCCAUUGUGCUCUUGUUGAUCCAAUUGUCGAGGCGUUGGAGCAAGUCGGAAAGACUCUCACUUUCCGCAGGCCAAUGAUUCCAGUGGAGAGAGCGUCGGAGUUCCCCAUCCAAGAAAAGCACACGGCGAAAUUCGUUGCCGAUCACAUGCGCUAUCCCGUCUACUUCAACCACGCCAUACAACGACUUGCUAAGCAGUUCCCAUCGGCUGUGUUCUUGGAAGCUGGCUCCAACUCCACGAUUACCUCUAUGGCAGGCCGUGCACUCGGUAACCCUAGCAGCUCUCACUUCCAAGCUAUCAACAUCACAAACAGCGACAAGGCAUGGGAUAACCUUGUCGACGCGACAUUAAACUUGUGGAAGGCUGGUAUUCCUGUACAGCACUGGGCCCAUCAAGCCGCUCAAACCAGAGAACAUUCUCCCCUUCUAUUACCACCCUAUCAAUUCGAACAAGCGAGCCACUGGGUCGACUUCAAGGUCCCUCCUAAAGUCUCCGAGCUUCCCCCGCCGCAAAAGACCGAGCAGGAAGAGAAACUGCCAGAGGGUCUUUUGACAUUCGACGGCUACCAAGAUAGCAAGAAGCGUAUUGCCAAAUUUAGGAUCAACACUAUGAUCCCUAAGUAUGAGAGGCUGAUCGUGGGCCAUAUAAUUGCCCAAACUGCAUCUAUCUGCCCAGCCACCGUCCAGCUUGAUCUCGUUAUCGAAGCUCUUCGAGGUCUCCGACCGGACCUGGAAAGUGCUAAGCUUGAGCCGCAAGUUCACGUUGUAGAAAACCAGUCUCCUAUUUGCGUUAAUCCGGCGCGGGGCGUUUGGAUUGAAGUCGAAGAAGAGUCUACAGGCGGAAACCCUUCUUGGAAAUUCAAGGUAUUCAGCACCGACAUGCCUCAAGGAACCACCCAGACUCUACACACGACGGGUAAAGUUGUCUUCUGUUCGACCGAAGACUUGACACUAAAGCUUGAGUUUGCGCGCCUCGAGCGUCUCGUUAGCCACGCGCGUUGUGUUGAAUUACUGCAAAGUGGCGACAUUGACGAGGUUCUCUCGAAUAGAAACAUAUAUCGGAUAUUUGCUGAAAUCGUCGAUUAUGGUGAAGAUUACCGGGGCCUUCAGAAAUUGGUAGGCUGCGGAAACCAGUCUGCUGGUCGUGUCGAGAAGAAAUACAAUCCCGAGACCUGGCUCGAUGCCCACUUGGCUGAUAGUUUCUGCCAGGUCGGUGGCGUUUUCGUCAAUUGCAUGACUGAUCGUCCAUCUUCUGACAUGUACAUUGCCAACGGCAUUGAGCAGUGGAUCCGCUCCCCCAAGCUCCGUCCUGGCGAUGCUCGGCCAGAUAGCUUCCAUGUACUUGCAUCUCAUCACCCUUCGGAUAAACAAUACCUGACGGACGUCUUCAUUUUCCAUCCGAAGACUGGCGUAUUGUUAGAAGCGAUUCUUGGAAUUAGUUACGUCAGGAUCCCCAAGGCUUCUAUGAGCAGGCUACUCUCGCGCCUCACUGUUGGAGGUGCCGCAGUCGCUUCGCCCUCUGAGCCCACUAAGGUCACUAUGUUCGAAGCAGCUCCUACUGAGAUUGUUCUGCCACAGCCACCCCACAUCAAAACACCAAAGGCCCCGAAAUCGCCCAAGGCGUCUAAACCUCCCAAGGCCAAAAAGCAACCCAAAUCAAACGUAGUCACUAAGGUCAAGGAGAUUUUAGUUGAGCUAUCGGGUCUCGAGAUGGAUGAGGUGAAGGAUGAUAGUAUGCUUGUCGACCUCGGUAUUGACUCCCUAAUGGGCAUGGAGAUGGCUCAUGAGAUCGAGGCAGCUUUCAAGAUCACUCUUCCUGAAAGUGAACUCAUGGAGAUUGUCGAUAUGCCUAGUCUGAUGGUGUGCGUGCGAAAAGCGGUGGGCGAAGACGCUGGCGGCAGCGAAGAUGUUAGUGAGCAGAGCGAGGAUGACGCGUCAAGCGACAGUGACGACAGGUCAACUAGUGCCAGCGAUUCGUCGGGUAACCCAACUGGUUUGACCACGCCAGCGGUUGACUACGAGAAAGACCCGUACGACACCCUAAGCACUUGCGAUGAGGAAAUGAAGCUUCCUUUCUCCACCAUUAUGGAAGCAUUCAACGAAACGAAAGCGCUCACAGAUGACAAGAUUGCUGAGUAUGGUCAAACUAAUUAUUUCGACACAAUCAUGCCAUUGCAGACAGACUUGUGCAUUGCGCUCACACUUGAAGCAUUUGACCAACUUGGACAUCAGCUGCGCGAUGCAAAACCGGGAGACAAGUUUACUCGGAUUUCACAUCCAAAGGAGCAUAGCCGCCUGGUAGACUACCUAUACCAGAUGCUGGAGAAGGAGUCUCACAUCAUUAACGUCAACGGCGACACUAUCACCCGGACUGCCGUAGCGGCCCCGACAAGGUCUAGUAAGGAGAUUCUUCAAGACUUACUAGCGCGUUUCCCAGACCAGACGACCGCUGAUAAGCUUACCUUCUACACUGGAUCAAACCUGGCUGAGGUGCUCAGAGGAAAAACAGACGGAAUCAAGUUGAUCUUUGGUACUCCCGAAGGUCGUGAUCUUGUCUCCGGGUUGUAUGCGGAAUGGCCACUAAAUCGGAUAUUCUACAAGCAAAUGGAGGACUUCCUCGAGAGACUCUGUUCAAAACUCGAUAUGAGUGAGGGUCCACUGAAGAUCCUCGAAAUGGGUGCUGGAACCGGAGGCACUACUAAGUGGCUUGUUCCCCUUCUGGCCUCUUUGAACGUACCGGUCGAGUAUACCUUCACGGACCUCGCACCGUCGUUCGUAGCUGCAGCGCGCAAGAGAUUCAAGCAGUACCCAUUCAUGAAAUUUAGGGCACACGACAUUGAGAAAGUCCCAGCCGACGACUUAAUCGGCACGCAACACAUCAUUGUCGCUAGCAACGCCGUCCACGCCACCCACUCCCUGCGUACAUCCGGCAUGAAUAUCCGAAAGGCAUUACGCCCUGAUGGGUUCCUCAUGCUCCUUGAGAUGACUGGCACAUUGUACUGGGUUGAUAUGAUUUUCGGAUUAUUUGAGGGUUGGUGGUUCUUCGACGAUGGACGCACUCACGCCGUCACACACGAGCUCAGAUGGGAGAAGGAAUUGCAGGCGGUCGGCUACGGGCACGUUGACUGGACAGAUGGUGCCUUGCCGGAGAAUAGAUGCGAGAAGCUCAUCAUCGCGAUGGCCUCGGGUGAGAGGUGCGAACGGCUCCCAACUCCCUCCUCCUCUCUACCUAUUAAGAGUCUAUCAGCUGACCUUGUGGCGCGACAAACAGUCGUCGAUAGAUACGUUAAAAACUUGACUGAGGGUUUCUCGGCCGAACUAGGGAACGUAUCAGAGCCUCGCCAUCCUAGGCCGAUAUCUGACGGAAAGACUGUCCUGGUCACAGGGGCCACCGGUAGUCUAGGAUCGCACCUCAUCGCCCAAUUCGCCGAAUCACCAGACGUUGCCCGCGUUGUCUGCCUCAAUCGACGAAGUCGAUCCGAUCCCCAAGAGCGUCAGAAACAAGCUCUCAUUAAGAAAGGUAUUGCCUUAUCGAAAAAGGCUACCGAUAAGUUGAGUGUCUUUGAAACCGAUAUGUCGAAACCCAACCUCGGCUUGCCGGUCGAGGACUACGAAGACCUUGUCGAUAACGUCACAGACAUCGUACAUAAUGCGUGGCUCAUGAACGCAAAAUGGCCUCUUCGCAAUUUCGAAACCCAAUUCCAAAUCAUGAAAAAUCUCCUUAAUCUGUCUCGUGAAAUUUCGCUUCGAUCCGCCCUAGGCAACAAGGUGACCUUUCAAUUCAUUUCGUCCAUCGCUACCGUCGGUCACCGGCCGAUUUGGUCAGGCGAGCCAAUAGUCCCGGAGGAACGGAUGACUAUUGAAUCUGUCCUGCCUACGGGAUAUGGCGACGCCAAGUACAUCUGUGAGCUUAUGCUUGACGAGACUCUACACAAGCACCCAGACCGUUUUCGCACCAUGGUCGUCCGCCCCGGACAAAUUGCGGGCUCCAGCACAAGCGGUUACUGGAACCCUAUGGAGCAUCUUUCCUUUUUGAUAAAAUCUUCUCAAACUUUGAAGGCGUUGCCAGAUUUCGAUGGGCUUCUCUCUUGGACGCCGGUUGACGAAGUCGCCAGCACGCUCGUUGAUCUCGUUUUCCUACCUGAGGACAAGACGCACUACCCUAUCUACCACGUAGAUAACCCUAUUCGUCAGCCAUGGAAAGAGAUGACUCCCAUCCUAGCUGACGCAUUGAAUAUUCCACACCAGGAUAUCAUUCCUUUUCGGGACUGGGUGCGACGCGUCCGGGAUCAUCCUAGACAAGUUGAAGGGCCCGAGGGAGAAAACCCGGCGUUCUUGUUGAUCGAUUUCCUCGAUGACAACUUUAUUCGUAUGUCUUGUGGCGGCCUUCUACUCGAUACCAUCAAGGUCAGAGAGCACUCGAAGACCUUGGCGAACGCGGGUCCGGUUAGUGAAAAGGUGACUAGACAGUUUAUUAAAAGUUGGAAAGAGAUGGGGUUUUUGAGUCAGUAA